AUGCAAAAAUGGUUCCAUUUUCUUCUGCUCUUUUCGAUUUUUGGCGUCUCGUCGCUCUCACACACUGGAGCUGUCACUAGACGUGGCUGCGGGCCUACAAAUGGAGGAUUCCACGGGUUUUCUCAUAGUUUACACCGUAAUUUCUAUGGAACACAUGGAGAAGGACGGAAAAAAAUAGAGGAUAAGGGACAAAAUAUCGCAAAGGGGAACGAUCGACGGAUUCAACCGCUUUCCCUUUUAUUUUUAGCUCCACACUGGCCCUCAAGGGUACAAUCGCAUCAAUGCUUUGCAGAUAGUGGCGAUGGAACGGCAGACGAGGGGAAAAAGGUUGUCUUUCCCUUUGAUCGAGAUGCUCCUCUCCAGGACGCUCCCGUACCUCCAUGGAUUGUAAAGUUUGUCGGAGGCAACGAGCCGGAGGAGGAUUACGUCCCGAGGCAUUACACGGAAGAAGAGAUUCAGACGGAGAUUGCAAAGUAUAACAAGGAGAGUAGAGAACGAACUGUCCUCUCCGAGGUCAAAGAGAUUGAGUGUGUCAAGCUCAAGAGUUACGGGUUAAAGUUCAAGCAGAUACAACCGGUAAGAUACCAUAACGGGAAGGCAUUCACUUUCUUUUACGUCCACUCGCUUCAUACCGACGUAAUUCCGGUACUUAUGAACAGUCUAAGGCGCGUUGCAAAGAGACAUAUCGGUGCUGGGAGAAUCACUGCUCUCAGAGUCCCCGGACUGGAACACGAAUUCCUCUCCAUCGUUGGAUUGAGGGAAGACUUCUUUCAACUGUCACGAAAUUUGAGGGGGAUCAUAUUCCGCAACGUUCCAGAAACUGCAACAUUCACAAAUCCCAUAAUUGCAAGGCUGAGAAUAAAGGGACCACUUAUCGCAGUUGCUGGACAUUUAAAAAUUGAACAAGAGGAGCCAACGGACAUCGGUUCGAGUUCUGGGUCCUUUACUGAUCGCAAAAUUGAAAUUGUCAACAAAAAUCACUACAUCUGCACUCUUUCGCCAAACAGUUAUCUCACAAUGGAUGUCAAAAUCGAGUACAUUGCAAACUACGUGGUACCGGAACACGGUCCAGAAUCGCUGGAAAGGGACAUUACAGACGAUGGAUUUAUACACUUUUGUUCCAGCUGUAAUCCCAUCUCGGUCUUUGCAUUCAGAGGUGAAAGGAGGGGCUUGGACGAGCAAACCACCAGUGAGAUUGUAACUUUGGAGCUCCAUACCGAUGGGUCAACAACUCCACGUCUUGGACUCUUGAAGACGAAUGCCUUUCUGCUGGAGUGGUUUGAACGGACCCUGGUAGCUCUGAGGACCGAUUGUAAGCCUGACUAUGCCUCUAUAGCAGAUGAUAGGGAUUACAAUACACGCGUAGAAAUGAUGCAUCCAGAGCUUAACAGGCACUUGCCGUGGAAUCCAUACAUUCAGCCUCAAGACAGGGCUGCAGCUCGCCAGAGAUGGUUUUACAGACAAGAUGUCCGCAGACAAUAUGCCAUUGAUCCAGAAUCUCGUAUGGCUAAGGAGGAACAGUUGGCCGCAUGGAAGAAGGAUUUGGAGGACCAGAUCGCUUUCGAGGAGCAGCUACCUCCAGCUCUCGAUGAUGGAAUGGAAGCUCCAGAGACCAUACUAGAGCGCAGAAAUAGGGAACAGGAAGAGAAGGAUGAGAGUCCGCCGUCCUGGCUCUUCAAGGAUCCAGCCGGCCCAGGAAAUAUCGGCCAAUGGCCCAUCUUUGAGUUUGACCGCAACUCUCCCAAAGCGUUUGACUACCCACGGGGAGGACCUUAA